AUGUGGUCUCCAAAGACCUACACUCUGUCCAACAAUGCCCAGGUGGAUACAGGCGGUGGGUCGGACAAAUCUAUCCUGAAAGUUUCUAUCCAAGCUGACCUGGAGAAAACGAUCAUAAAGCUGAUCAAUGACUUCCGGCAGGAGAAUGGCGACAAGGGGCCUGUGUCGGGAAGACUCACCAGCAAGAAACUUUUGGAUCUGUACACGGCCCUGCAGAAGUUCGACUUCAAGCGGGAGCAUAUCGAGGAGGCCAUGAAGACCAGCGUGCUCUACGGAGGUGAUCUCCACUCUGCCCUCGACUGGCUCUGCCUGAACCUUCGAGAUGAUGAGCUUCCUGAAGGUUUCAGCCAGCAGAUGCAGGAGGAGAGUCAGAGGAAUCGGCCCCGUUUCCAGCCCCCUGUCCAACCCCGAACCCAGAGCCCCGAGCUACCCAUAAUGCCCCCUUCCAAAGACGCCAGCAAGGUGUCCGUGAAGGAUGACGACGCACGUAUGAAAGAUUGGAUCUUAAGGUACGCUGAGCAGAGCAGCGAUGAAGACGAUGGUGAGGAGGGAGAAGGAGAGAAGACGUCGCAACGCAACCCCGAAUUAGAUGAAAAGUUUGAUCCGAACGACAGGUAUUUGAUCCUGACCGCUCAGCUCUACGACGCCAAAGAAAUGGCAAUGGCGGCCAAAACCAAAGGAGACAAGGCGGCUCAGCGGAUGGCGCAAGACAGAAUACGCAUCAUUCAGCAAGAGAUGAAGCCGUUAGAGUCGCACCCCAUAUUCAACCCUGCCAUUAAAGUGGUGGACGCACCCCGAAAGGAGAAGACGACGCCAUCUGUCAAUGAGGACAAAGAUGAAAUCGGUUUCAACUUGUUUGAGAGGGCAGAAAAAGAGGCCCCGGCAGACAAAGUUGUGCAACCAAAGAAGAAGAUGAAUGAGCCAAAGGACAUUCGUAACUUUGACUACACUGCACGCAGUUGGACAGGCAAGUCUCCUAAGCAGUUCCUCAUUGACUGGGUGCGCAAAAACCUUCCCAAGAGUCCGCCACCGGCCUUCCACAAAGUGGCUGCGGGCAAAUACUGGAGGUGCAAGGUGCGCGUUCAGAGGACGGAAGACGUUUCGACGCCAUCUGUCAAUGAGGACAAAGAGGAAAUCGGUUUCAACUUGUUUGAGAGGGCGGAAAAAGAGGCCCCGGCAGACAAAGUCGCGCAACCGAAGAAGAAGAAGAUGAAUGAGCCAAAGGACAUUCGUAACUUUGACUACACUGCACGCAGUUGGACAGGCAAGUCUCCUAAGCAGUUCCUCAUUGACUGGGUGCGCAAAAACCUUCCCAAGAGUCCGCCACCGGCCUUCCACAAAGUGGCUGCGGGCAAAUACUGGAGGUGCAAGGUGCGCGUUCAGAGGACGGAAGACGUUUUGGAAGUUUGUCCGACCAUCCUGACCGAGGACGGCAUGCAGGCUCAGCAUCUGGGUGCCACUCUGGCGCUUUACAACCUGGUGAAAGGACAGUCGGUGCAUCAGCUCCUCCCCCCAACCUACCGGGACGUGUGGCUGGAGUGGCGGGAUGGUGAGCAGCAGCAGCAGGAAGAGACGCGCAGCGCCGCCAACAAGCCCCGAGACCAGUUCAUCGCCCGACUCCUGACCCGCCUCAAGCAACAGCAGCACCACCACCAACACGGGCUCGAGUCUCAAUCCGAUGGGCAGACUCGGCUUGGUGCUGCGGAGGAGGUGGAAGAAGCAGAGGACUCCUGGGAGAACCUGGCCUCCCUUGAUAUCACGGAGAAAGCAAAAGGGGAUGAAGAGGAGAAGUUGGAGGGAAGGAGAGGUCAGAAGGAACAGGAAGGAGCGCUACGAACGUCAAGAGAACUCCUCAUGAAGCUCAGGACGUCCCCCCUGGCUCAGAGACUCCUGGCCGAAAGAGAGCAGCUUCCCGUCUUCCAGCACCGUCAACACAUCCUGGAAGCCCUGCGGCGCCACCGCGUGGUGGUGGUGGCCGGCGAGACGGGCAGCGGCAAAAGCACGCAGAUCCCACAGUUCCUCCUCGAAGAGCUGCUGCUUGGAGGGGAGGCGGCUCGAGCCUGUAACAUUGUCGUCACGCAGCCACGACGGAUCUCCGCCAUGAGUCUGGCCUGCAGGGUCAGCCAGGAGCUCGGCUGCCAGGACGGGCCGAGUUCAAAGUCGUCACUUUGCGGCUACCAGAUCAGGAUGGAGAACCAGUCGGGCGAGUGGACUCGCUUGUUGUACUGCACCACAGGAGUUCUGUUGCGAAAGCUCCAGCACGACCGACACCUCAGCGCCCUGACUCACGUCAUCGUAGACGAGGUGCACGAGCGCAGCGUCCAAUCCGACUUCCUGCUCACCAUCCUCAAGGACGUGGCCUCCAGGCGGGCAGACCUGCAAUUGAUCCUCAUGAGCGCCACCGCCGAUUGUCACAAGUUCUCAAACUAUUUCAACCGCUGCCCCGUACUUAACAUCCCGGGACGGACCUUCCCGGUGGAGGUGUUCCAUUUGGAGGACAUUGUGGAGGAGACAGGCUACGUCCUGGAGAAGGACUCGGAAUACUGCCAGAAGGUCCUGGAGGAGGAAGAGGAAGUGAGCGUCGCCGUCACGCAAAAAGGCGGAAAGACGUUACAGCACCAGGAGGUGAUCGUGAGGGACUCGUCACCAGGUUGGGAUUUAGGUCCCGACCUGGACCAUUUCAGCUGCAGGACUCGGCAGGUGCUGCAGUACAUGAACCCCAACAAAAUCAACAUGGAACUGCUGGUGGAGCUCAUCAGCUACCUCGAUAAAGCUCCGCAAUUCACAGCACUGGAUGGUGCUGUUUUGGUCUUUCUGCCCGGCCUGGCUCACAUCCAGCAGCUUUUUGACUUGCUGUCCUCAGACAAGCGAUUUAAGGAUAAAAACAGGUUCAGGAUCGUUGCUCUGCACUCGACGCUGUCAUCGAAGGAGCAGGCUGCGGCUUUCACGGUGCCCCCUGCUGGUAUCAGGAAGAUUGUGUUGUCCACCAACAUCGCAGAGACGGGCGUGACCAUUCCCGACGUCGUGUUUGUCAUCGACACGGGAAAAACCAAGGAGAACAAGUACCAUGAAAGCAGCCAGAUGAGUUCCUUGGUGGAGACGUUUGUGUCCAAAGCCAGCGCCCUGCAGAGGCAGGGCAGAGCAGGGCGUGUCCGCAACGGCUUCUGCUUCCGACUCUACCCAAAGUACAGAUUUGAUGCGUUUAUGGAAUACUCCAUUCCAGAGAUACUUCGCGUGCCGCUAGAGGAGCUUUGUCUUCAUAUUAUGAAAUGCGAGUACGGCUCCCCGGAAGCGUUCCUAAGCGGCGCCCUUGACGCCCCGCAGCCUCAGUCUGUGAUGAACGCCGUCAACCUGCUGCGGAAGAUCGGUGCCUGUCAGCCCAGCUGCCACCUGCUCACCCCGCUGGGCCAACACCUGGCGAACCUGCCGGUCAACGUCAAGAUCGGAAAAAUGCUCAUCUACGGCGCCAUCUUGGGCUGCCUGGAGCCCAUCGCGACCAUUGCGGCAGCCAUCACAGAGAAAUCUCCCUUCUCCACACCCAUGAACAGGAAGGAGGAAGCCAACCUGGCCAAAGCUGCACUCGCGUUGGCCAACUCUGACCACAUGACCAUCUACAACGCAUAUCUCGGUUGGAAGAAUUCCCAAAAGGAAGGACACAAAGCAGAAAUGUCCUUUUGCCGCAAACACUUCCUUAACCGCGCUGCACUUGCCACUAUAGAGGACGUGAAGCAGGAGCUGAUGAAGAUGAUGGAGCAGGCGGGCUUCUCCUCGUCGCGCGCAACCCAGGCGCCCGCGGUAUCCAAAGCGCCCGUGUCGUUGCUGGGGGCAGCGCUGACGGCGGGCCUGUACGACAGCGUGGCGCGCAUUCUCUGCGUCGCCUCCGUGGACGCCUCGGAGCGAGUGGCGUGCACGGCAGAGACGCCGCAGGGCCGAGCGCAGGUGCACCCGUCGUCCGUCAAUCGCAACCUGCAGACGCACGGCUGGCUGCUCUACCAAGAAAAGGUGAAGUACACCAGGAUCUACCUACGAGACACCACUCUUAUAUCCCCGUUCCCCAUGCUGCUCUUCGGAGGGGACAUCGACAUUCAGCACAGGGAACGCCUCAUAUCGUUGGACGGAUGGAUGCACUUCCAGGCUCCCGUGCGCAUCGGUGUGAUCUUCAAACACUUGAGGAAGUUGCUGGACUCGUUGCUGGAGAAGAAACUGGAGAACCCGCGCGUGAAUUUAGAAGGUGAGAGGGCCAUCCAAAUCAUCUUGGAGCUGAUCAAGUCGGAGAAUGUGGCGUAACGUAUGGAAACAACAAAAUGGUUGACGCAAGAAUGACAAAGUGAUGGUCACUAAGGAUUUUCUAUCAUGGUAAUAAUCCUCAUAUGAAAAAAUAUAAAU